UCUGGACAUAAGGAGCAUGACUUCAAAUCACAGCAGUUCACCCCAGGAUGAAUAUCUCCCUCACUACAUUCGGGAUGAAGACCCUUUCACAUCAAAGCUCUCUAAGGAAGCUGAUAUAGCAGCUGGAUUUUAUUUAACCAUCGUUGGUGUUCUCUCAACAUUGGGAAAUGGAUAUGUUAUUUUUCUAUCUGCAAGACAGAAAAAGAAGCUGAAACCUGCUGAGAUAAUGACAAUGAAUCUAGCAGUGUGCGAUUUCGGCAUUUCAGUUUCAGGAAAGCCCUUCACUAUCAUUUCCUUCUUCUCUCACCGCUGGAUUUUUGGCUGGAUUGGCUGCCGCUGGUAUGGAUGGGUUGGUUUCUUCUUUGGCUGUGGGAGCCUUAUCACCAUGAUGACUGUCAGUCUGGAUAGAUACCUGAAAAUCUGUCACUUAUCUUAUGGUACCUGGCUGAAGAGGCAUCAUGCCUUUAUGUGUCUGGUGGCAAUCUGGGCCUACGCUUCUUUCUGGGCCACCAUGCCGUUAACUGGAGUGGGAAACUAUGCUCCUGAGCCCUUUGGGACAUCGUGCACGCUGGAUUGGUGGCUGGCGCAGUCUUCAGUGGCGGGGCAGGCUUUUAUUCUGAAUAUUCUUUUCUUCUGCCUUGUGUUCCCAACCGCAGUGAUUGUGUUCUCCUAUGUUAAGAUCAUUUUAAAAGUUAAGUCUUCCUCCAAAGAAGUAGCUCAUUUUGACACUAGGAUACAAAACAGCCAUCAACUGGAAAUGAAGCUAACCAAGGUGGCAGUGUUGAUCUGUGCAGGAUUUCUGAUUGCCUGGAUUCCCUACGCUGUGGUAUCUGUGUGGUCAGCUUUUGGACACCCAGACUCCGUUCCCAUUCCGCUUUCGGUGGUACCGACCUUGUUUGCAAAAUCAGCAGCUAUGUACAACCCAAUUAUUUACCAGGUCAUUAAUUGUAAAUCUGCCUGUUGUCGGGCACGUGGCUCAAAGGCCCUGCAGAAGAAGAGCACCUUGCAGAAUACCAGGCAGUUUUUCAGAUUACACUACACUGUUUACAAUGGUGCCAAAUUUGCAGUAUUUACAGUUCAGGCUGAGACAAAACUUCGCAAUUACUGCCGUAACCUCUAA